GAGAUAAUAGAAGAGUGUGAACUAUUAAGCAGAACCCAUUCCUGGAACUUCGUGACAAGGUUAAUGAUGACAAGAACAUCUGAAGUCAUCAUCAAAUGUGCACCCUGAGGCGAGCGCUGGGUGGAGACUCCGGUGAGCCUUGGAGCGGCGAGCGCGGCAUGCCCGCAGCAUGGAUGUGAAGGAACGCAGGCCCUUCUGCUCGCUGACAAAGAGCAGGCGGGACAAAGAGCGCCGCGGCGCAGGCAACUCCGGCGACACCGAGGGCGACGAGUGCCGGGUGCCGACGCAGAAGUCCUACAGCUCCAGCGAGACGCUCAAAGCCUUCGAUCAUGACUCCUCUCGGCUCCUGUACGGAAACCGCAUGAAGGAGAUGGUUCACAGGGAGGCCGAUGAGUAUCCCCGGCAAGGGCAGAACUUCACCCUGCGGCAGCUUGGUAUAAGCGGGCCGGCCACUCGCAGGGGCCUGGCUUUCUGUGCGGAAAUGGGACUCCCCCACCACGGCUACCCGGUGGGCGGAGUUUGCGAAGUGGACGCCGACGCCGAGGGGGUGAUGCCCCAGGAGCGGGCCAUGCAUCUGUGGGGGAGGGGGGUGAAGUCGGACCGUAGUUCCUGCCGUUCAAGCCGCUCGAACUCAGCCCUCACCCUGACCGACACGGAGCUGGAAAACAAGUCAGACAGCGAGAACGGUUCUCCCAUGCCAUCCUCCUUACCCACUCCAUCAGUCACUGAGCAUUCACACUCCCAACCUCCAUCACCCAAUCUCCAUGACAACCAGAGGCAGUUGAUAAGUUCUGACUCUGGUCAACCAGUUCAGGAGUCAGAUGAUGAGUGCGCAGCCAGCCAGUGUUUACCACUAGCGCAAGGCCGAGUUUCUGCUUGCGAUGAAUUGCCAGUCUCCCAGCAAGGCCAGUCUACACUCCAGCCAGCCGUGCCUGCCCACAAACAGCACACGUCCAUCACCUCCAUCAACCGCAACUCCUUGACCAAUUGCAGGACCCAGACCCCGGCCCCCCCGGCCGCCCGCCCCGCCGAGCUGCAAACCACGCCUGAAUCCGUCCAGCUGCAGGACAGCUGGGUGCUGGGUAGCAAUGUGCCCCUGGAGAGCAGAAAAUUAGCAAAGCAAGCAGUUCUCGAAAAUGGGCAUGACAACCUAAUAGAGAUGGACGUAUUCACUCCAGUGUGCCACGACAGCGGGUAUGGGGAUGGGCACUUCCUCUUUAAGACAGGCUCGGGAACAACACCCCUGUUCAGCACGGCUACCCCAGGCUACACCAUGGCGACCGGGGCCGUUUACUCACCACCCACCCGACCUUUGCCCAGAAGCACGCUGUCCAGAAGCGCCUUCAAGUUCAAGAAGUCCUCCAAGCACUGCUCCUGGAGGUGCACUGCUCUGAGCGCGCUGGGCGUCUCUGUCCUGCUGUCCAUCCUGUUAUGCUACUGCAUAGUUAUGCACCUCCUGGGCCUCAACUGGCAGCUCCAGGAGACCGACGGCUACGCCUUUGAAAACGGACAGGUGAAGUCGAUGUCGACACCAACAAACGCAGUCACGGCGCUCUCCUCUGACGGCGGGAAGCUUGGUGUGUUCCUGCAAGAGAACAACACCAUCGACACGGGGGAGGUGGACGUGGGCCGCAGGGCAGCGCAGGAGGUGCCCCCGGGCGUCUUCUGGCGCUCGCAGCUCUUCAUCGACCAGCCGCAGUUCCUCAAGUUCAACAUCUCGGUGCAGAGAGCCGCGCUGAUCGGCGUCUACGGGAGGAAGGGACUGCCCCCUUCUCACACACAGUACGACUUCGUGGAGCUGCUGGACGGAAGCCGACUCAUCGCCAAAGAGAAGCGCGGCCCGGCAGAGCUCGUGCCCGGGGGCAGGAGGGCCCGCUCCGUCACCGUCCACGAAGCAGGAUUCAUCCAGUACCUGGACUCUGGCCUCUGGCACUUGGCCUUCUACAACGACGGGAAGAGCGCCGAGCAGGUGUCCUACAACACCAUCGUCGUCGAAUCCAUCAUGGAGUGUCCACACAACUGCCACGGAAAUGGAGAGUGUGUCUCUGGAACAUGUCACUGUUUCCCAGGGUUCCUUGGGCCUGACUGCUCUAGAGCUGCCUGCCCUGUGCUGUGCAGCGGGAACGGCCAGUACUCCAGGGGGCGCUGCCAGUGUUUCAGCGGGUGGAAGGGCACAGAAUGCGACGUUCCCAACAAUCAGUGCGUCGACGUGCAUUGCGGGGGACACGGGAUCUGCAUCAUGGGCUCCUGCGUCUGCAAUACGGGCUACAAGGGUGACAACUGUGAAGAGACGGACUGCCUGGACCCGUCCUGCUCCUUGCACGGCACGUGUCUCCACGGGGAGUGCCACUGCAACCCUGGCUGGGGGGGCACCAACUGCGAGAUCCUGAAGACCAUGUGCCCAGACCAGUGCUCUGGCCACGGGACUUACCAGGCCGAAAGCGGCACCUGCACCUGCGACAGCAACUGGACCGGUCCCGACUGUUCCGUGGAGGUGUGCGUCACGGACUGCGGCUCGCGCGGCGUGUGCGUGAGCGGCAGCUGCCGCUGCGAGGAGGGCUGGACGGGUCCCGCGUGCGACCAGAGGGCAUGCCACCCGCGCUGCACCGAGCACGGCACCUGCAGGGACGGCAAGUGUGAGUGCAGCCAGGGCUGGAACGGAGAGCACUGCACCAUCGCUCACUAUCUGGAUAAGGUAGUUCAAGACAAGAUAGGAUAUAAAGAGGGCUGCCCUGGCUUGUGCAAUAGCAAUGGGAGGUGCACUCUGGACCAGAAUGGCUGGCACUGCGUUUGCCAGUCGGGGUGGAGAGGGGCUGGGUGUGACGUUGCCAUGGAGACCAUCUGUACCGACUCCAAGGACAACGAGGGAGAUGGAUUAAUUGACUGCAUGGACCCCGACUGCUGCCUGCAAAGUUCCUGUGAGAACCAGCCAUAUUGCCGUGGGUCACCUGACCCCAGUGACAUCAUCAGCCAGAGUCAGCAGCCAGCCCCCACACAAGCUGCCCGGUCGUUUUACGACCGAAUCAACUUCCUGAUGGGACUGGAGAGCACCCAUGUCAUAUUCGGGGAGAAUCCAUUCAACAGAAGCCUCGUGUCCGUCAUACGUGGGCAGGUGAUGACAGCGGAUGGGACCCCCCUCAUUGGGGUCAACGUCUCCUUCCUGCACUAUCCUGCUAAUGGCUAUACCAUCACACGACAGGACGGCAUGUUUGACCUUUUGGCCAAUGGCGGAGCCUCGCUGACCCUCAGCUUCGAGCGAGCUCCCUUCCUCACACAAUACCGCACCGUCUGGAUUCCCUGGAAUGUGUUCCAUGUGAUGGACACCCUGGUGAUGAAGAAAGAGGAGAACGACAUCCCCAGCUGCGACCUUAGCGGCUUUGUGCGACCCAGCCCCUCCAUUGUGUCCUCCCCACUCUCCACCUUCUUCAGGUCCUCACCCAAGACCAGCCCCAUCCUGCCCGAGACACAGGUACUUCAGGAGGAAACCGCCAUCCCAGGAAGUGACCUCAACCUCUUCUACCUAAGCUCCCGGUCGGCCGGCUACAAGCCCAUCCUUAAAGUCACCAUGACCCAGACCAGCAUCCCCUUCAACCUGAUGAAAGUCCAUCUCAUGGUGGCUGUAGUAGGCCGACUCUUCCAGAAGUGGUUCCCGGCAACUCCUGACCUGUCCUACACCUUCAUAUGGGACAAAACCGAUGCCUACAAUCAGAAGGUCUACGGCUUGUCGGAAGCAGUAGUGUCUGUCGGGUUUGAAUACGAGUCUUGUCUGGAUUUGAUUCUCUGGGAAAAAAGAACAGCCCUUUUGCAAGGAUAUGAAUUGGAUGCUUCCAAUAUGGGUGGAUGGACGCUGGACAAGCACCAUGUGUUGGAUGUGCAGAACGGUAUUGUGUACAAGGGGACUGGGGAAAACCAGUUCAUUUCCCAGCAGCCUCCUGUGAUUAACACCAUCAUGGGGAACGGGCGUCGGCGUAGCAUCUCCUGCCCCAGCUGCAACGGCCAGGCAGAUGGCAACAAGCUGCUCGCCCCUGUGGCCUUGGCUUGUGGCAUUGACGGCAGUCUCUUUGUUGGGGACUUCAACUACAUUCGACGCAUCUUCCCUUCUGGGAAUGUCACCAGCGUCAUGGAGCUCAGAAAUAAAGAUUUCAGACAUAGCAACAACCCGGCUCACAGGUACUACAUGGCCACCGACCCCGUCACGGGGCAGCUGUACAUCUCCGACACCAACUCCCGCAGGAUAUACCGGCCGAAGGUGCUGACGGCGACCAAGGAGCUCCUGCAGAACACCGAGGUGGUGGCAGGAACUGGGGAGCAUUGCCUGCCUUUUGACGAGGCUCGCUGUGGGGAUGGAGGCAAAGCUAUGGAAGCCUUACUGAUGGGCCCCAAAGGUAUUGUGGUGGAUAAGAACGGAAUUAUUUACUUUGUUGACGGGACCAUGAUUCGGAAGGUGGACCAGAACGGCAUCAUUUCAACCCUACUAGGAUCUAAUGACCUGACCUCAGCUCGACCUUUGACCUGUGACACCAGCAUGCACAUUCGCCAGGUUCGUUUGGAAUGGCCUACUGACCUGGCCAUCAAUCCCAUGGACAACUCCAUUUAUGUACUGGACAAUAACGUCGUACUGCAGAUCACUGAAAACCGGCAAGUUCGUAUCGCGGCGGGGCGGCCCAUGCAUUGCCAGGUGCCAGGCGUCGAGUACAGCCUGGGCAAGAGGGCGAUCCAGACCACGCUGGAAUCCGCCAGCGCCAUCGCUGUGUCUUACAGCGGCAUGCUCUACAUUGCUGAGACGGACGAAAAGAAGAUCAACCGCAUCAGGCAAGUGUCUACCGAUGGCGAGAUCUCCCAUCUGGCAGGGGCGCCGUCGGAGUGCGACUGCAAGAACGACGCCAACUGCGACUGCUACCAGACUGGAGAUGGCUAUGCGAAGGAUGCCAAGCUCAACGCCCCGUCUUCCAUGGUGGUGUCGCCAGACGGGACGUUAUAUGUGGCCGACUUGGGCAACAUCCGAAUUCGCGCCAUACACAAGAACAAACCCUUGCUCAACUCCAUGAACUUCUACGAGGUGGCCUCCCCUGGAGCCCAGGAGCUGUACAUCUUUGACAUCAAUGGCACCCACCAGUACACAAUGAGCUUGAUCACUGGGGAUUACAUGUAUAACUUCAGCUACAGCAACGAAAACGACAUCACGGCAGUAACGGACAGCAGCGGCAACACCCUGCGUAUCCGUAGGGACCCCAACCGAAUGCCAGUCCGCAUCGUUUCUCCGGACAAUCAGGUGAUAUGGCUUAACGUCGGGACAAACGGGGGGCUGAAGACCCUCACUGCCCAGGGACAAGAGCUGGUCCACUUCACCUACCAUGGAAACAGUGGCCUCCUGGCCACUAAGAGCACAGAGAUUGGCUGGACUACCUUUUAUGACUACGACAGUGAGGGCCGGCUCACAAAUGUGACGUUCCCAACUGGAGUGGUGACCAGCCUGCACAGCGAAAUGGACGGGGCUAUUACGGUGGACAUUGAGACCUCGGGGAGAGAAGAGGACGUCAGCAUCACCACCAACCUCUCAUCCAUUGACUCCUUCUACACCCUGGUCCAAGACCAGUUAAGAAAUAAUUAUCAGGUGGGCCAUGACAACUCCUUGAAGAUCGUCUAUGCCAACGGGCUGGAUACACACUACCAAACGGAGCCGCACGUCCUGGCCGGUGCCGCCAAUCCCACGGUAGCCCGUCGCAAUAUGACACUACCAGGGGAGAACGGGCAAAACCUGGUCGAGUGGCGUUUCCGGAAGGAGCAGACAAGAGGCCGGGUCAAUGUCUUUGGAAGGAAGCUUCGGGUGAACGGUAGAAACCUCUUAUCAGUUGACUACGACCGAACGUUGCGGACAGAGAAAAUUUAUGAUGACCACCGUAAAUUCCUCUUGAAGAUCAUUUACGACACCUCUGGCCACCCCACGCUCUGGGUGCCGAGCAGCAAAUUGAUGUCGGUCAACCUGACCUACUCUUCUACGGGCCAGAUCACCAGCAUCCAGAGGGGGCCGACUUCCGAGAGGGUGGAGUAUGACAGUCAAGGAAGAAUUGUCUUAAGAGUGUUUGCCGAUGGCAAGACUUGGAGCUAUACCUAUUUGGAGAAAUCUAUGGUGCUUUUGCUUCACAGCCAGCGCCAGUACAUUUUUGAUUAUGAUUCACUGGAUCAUCUGUCGGCUGUAACGAUGCCAAGUGUAGCCCGGCACACAAUGCAGACCAUCCGCUCCAUCGGAUAUUACCGGAACAUUUACAACCCCCCGGAAAGCAAUGCCUCUGUCAUUGUGGACUACAGCGAGGACGGCCAACUGCUGAAGGUGGCACACUUGGGGACCGGGCGGCGGGUCCUGUACAAGUACAGGAGGCAGACUAAGCUCUCGGAGAUCCUGUACGACAGCACACGGGUCAGUUUCACAUACGACGAAACAGCGGGGGUCCUGAAGACAGUCAACCUCCAGAGCGAGGGCUUUAUCUGCACCAUUAGGUACCGGCAAAUCGGACCUCUGAUCGACCGGCAGAUUUUCCGCUUCAGUGAGGACGGCAUGGUUAAUGCGCGCUUUGACUAUACGUAUGACAACAGCUUCCGCGUGACCAGUAUGCAGGGAGUCAUCAACGAGACGCCUCUGCCAAUUGACCUCUAUCAGUUUGACGACAUCUCAGGGAAAGUCGAGCAGUUCGGGAAGUUCGGCGUCAUCUACUACGACAUUAACCAAAUCAUCUCUACUGCGGUAAUGACCUACACUAAGCAUUUCGACGUUCAUGGCAGAAUCAAAGAAAUCCAGUAUGAAAUUUUCCGCUCCCUGAUGUAUUGGAUAACUAUACAAUAUGACAAUUUAGGCCGUGUCAUUAAGAGAGAAAUUAAAAUCGGGCCAUUUGCCAACACCACGAAGUACAGUUAUGAAUACGAUGCUGACAGCCAGCUUCAGACAGUCUACUUGAAUGAAAAGAUUAUGUGGCGAUACAACUACGACCUAAACGGGAACCUCCACUUGCUGAACCCGAGCAACAGCGCACGCCUCACCCCACUCAGGUACGACCUGCGUGACCGAAUCACAAGGCUGGGAGACGUGCAGUAUCGCAUGGACGAAGACGGAUUCUUGCGGCAGAGGGGAACCGAGAUCUUCGAGUACAACUCCAAAGGCCUCCUCGUGAGAGUCUACAGCAAAGGCAACGGUUGGACAAUCCAAUACCGUUAUGACGGCCUCGGCAGGAGGGUUUCCACCAGAACGAGUCUCGGCCAGCACCUCCAGUUCUUCUACGCUGACUUGAACUACCCCACCAGAAUCACUCAUGUAUACAACCACUCCAGCUCGGAGAUCACCUCGCUUUAUUACGACCUGCAGGGCCACCUGUUUGCCAUGGAGAUCAGCAGCGGGGAGGAGUUCUACAUCGCCUGUGACAACACAGGAACACCACUGGCUGUCUUCAGCAGCAACGGGCUGAUGAUCAAGCAGGUCCAGUAUACCGCAUAUGGAGAGAUUUACUUUGACUCAAACCCAGACUUUCAGCUGGUGGUUGGCUUCCAUGGCGGCCUCUAUGACCCACUGACAAAGCUGUUGCAUUUUGGUGAGCGUGACUAUGACAUCUUGGCUGGACGUUGGACUGUACCUGACAUUACCACGUGGAAAAGAGUGGGCAAGGACCCAGCACCGUUUAACCUCUACAUGUUCCGAAGCAACAACCCGGUUAGCAAAGUGCACGAAGUAAAAGAAUAUGUUGCAGAUGUUAACAGCUGGCUCGUGACAUUCGGGUUCCAUCUGCACAAUGUCAUCCCAGGCUACCCCAUCCCCAAAUUUGACAUGAUGAUACCGUCCUUUGAAUUGAAGAAAAGUCAGAUAUGGAAUGAUCUGCCGUCCAUUUCUGGUGUCCAACAAGAGGUAGUACGGCAAGCAAAGGCCUUUUUGUCAUUCGAGAAGAUGCCAGACAUUCAGUUGGGCAGGCGGCGAGUCAUCCGGGAGAAGUCAUGGCUGUGGUUCGCUACAGUUAAGUCCCUCAUCGGGAAGGGAGUCAUGCUUGCCAUCAGUCAGGGGCGAGUGACUACCAAUGUGCUCAACAUUGCUAAUGAAGACUGCGUCAAAGUGGCAGCCAUCCUGAACAACGCCUUUUACCUGGAAAACCUGCACUUCACCAUCGAGGGCAGGGACACUCACUACUUCAUCAAGACCGGCCUGCCAGAGAGCGACCUGGGCACAUUGAGACUCACCAGCGGCCACAAGGCCCUGGAGAACGGCGUCAACGUGACGGUGUCCCAGUCCACCACCGUGGUGAACGGCAGGACUCGCAGGUUCGCCGACGUGGAGAUGCAGUACGGGGCGCUGGCUCUGCACGUCCGCUACGGCAUGACGCUGGACGAGGAAAAGGCCCGCAUUCUGGAGCAGGCCCGGCAGAGGGCGCUAGCGUCCGCCUGGGCUCGGGAGCAGCAGCGUGUGCGCGACGGGGAAGAGGGCGCCCGGCUGUGGACAGAGGGGGAGAAGAGGCAACUAUUGAGUGGUGGCAAAGUCUUGGGGUAUGAUGGGUACUAUGUACUCUCCAUUGAGCAAUACCCAGAGUUAGCAGACAGUGCUAACAAUAUCCAGUUCUUAAGGCAAAGCGAGAUCGGGAAGAGGUAACAAACCAUCGAACACCAACUGCCAAAGAAACUGGCCAUUCCCA